CAUGACCCUUGGAACGGACAAGCACCUUCGCGUUCUUCGAUGGUCCCUCGAUCCGGUCAUGUCGUUUUCGACCCUGCGAGCGACCAUAUCAAUUAUUCAGAUUACUUGAUCGAUGUAGACUCAUGGGCAGCUCAAUACACGGAUCCUUCCUCCUUGAUCUCGCCCAGCGAGCCUACUACAUCGUUCCAAGGGGAUCUGUACUUCCCGCAAGGGCAGAACCAUCCUCAUCACUCAUACGACCAUGUACCACGGACGCAACUACCGACUCAUCAAUCGAUUGAGAUGCAACUAACGCGGGCAUCACCACCACCUAACCAGCAGUCUGAGAAGGCCUAUGCCAACCAGUCUACGCCAGGAGAGCCCAAAUUGUACAAGACUGCAUAUGGCGAUACCGCUGAGCGGGAAUUUUUCAUCCCUGGCUUCCUCGACUUAGAGCACCCGGUGGAUGCUAUGGGUGAUACUGGUGCGAAUCGCAAUACGAUGGACGUAUCGUUCGUUCGAAAGCGCGGAUAUAAUAUUGAUUGUAAGGCUGCAUCCAUCGUGCGGGUUGGUCAAGGGAGAGUCAAGACAGUUGGUGUCGUACACGUGCCUUUUCGCUUUCGAGGCGAGACGACCUCGUAUCUACUGACGUUUCAUGUUCUCCCGAAAUGUCCCCAGGACGUCAUUCUGGGCUCUACCUUCUUGAGGCUUACCAAAACCUUCUCGAACGCUGCAAAAUUCGCUCGUCGAGUGUUCGAUAGGUUCGUACUGCGCACAUCACGCCACUAUAACAUGCUCUACCUUGGUGGUGGUGGACCAACGUUCACAGGCACUAUCGGAGGACGACCACAUGAGGCACUGGCAGACACUGGGUCUAAGGUGCUCAUCAUGGAUGAAGACUUUGCGCGCUCGCGUGGGCUCCCUAUUGUCGACGCAGAGGAACAUCGCAUCAAGUUACGUUUUGCAGACGGUUCCACAGCUCGUACAUCAGGCAUGACACAGGGAGUGACAUGGCAGUUCGGGUUGGCACACGAGGGAAAGAGCUUUCUGCUAGAUUUCUACAUACUCAAGGAUGCGCCAUCGAACGUUAUUCUUAGUGAGAACUUCUUACUGAGAGAAAGCCAGGCCUUCACUGAAUACAGCGAUUACUUACUCGAUGACUACGAGCAAGAAGAAGACGAAGAAGAGGGUCACGUCUUCGUUAUCAGGAAGGAGACUAGCCUGCAAUAUAAAGGCCAGUACAACGGAGCUGACCAACUUUGCAAUGAUAUUGCAUGGGACCAGGAAAUGGAUCUGCGCCGGAAUGAAGACUACCGCAUAAGUGUCAUUUAUGACACCGCUGCAAGAGGAGCUGCCGAAGCUGCCGAAAGGCUGCGUCGUAGACAAUGGGAAAACGUACAUAUCAUCACUCAGACUGUUCAGGCAGAAUAUGCUGGCACGACAAGUCAGGACCCUCCAGGUGCAUCUGGCGUACAGCCCAGUGGUGGGGGUGGGGUUCAGCCUCAAGCGACUGCGCAGCAGAACAGCAGCGGUGCGAAUCAAACUCCGUCCAGACCAGACGCACUGGCGGGCUCCAGCAACACGAUACCGCCUUCUUCUCGCCGCGACAAGUUUCUUAAACGCUUUGGUCGCAAACGAAAGCAAAUCACGUAAAAUCGCCACGAAGGCUGCUCUGUUCCUUGAACAGGUAUCGCCAUGAUUGCGAUACGCCAUUUAUCCUCAUCUGGUAUCCCCACUGCGCAAGUUUUCUUCGUUGUUACUCUAUCGUUGUUGGGUUGGAGAAAAGGGAGAGUUCUGUC